UCAGCUGUCAAACAUAUGGAUUAUUUAUGGUGGAAAGUUCAUGCCGCAGUGUAGAAAUUCUCAGUUUUUAAUUUUUUUCAUGUGUUUAGUUUGUUAUUAUUGACUUACAAUCAUGAUGGAAGGUUCACUCAGUAAAUGGACCAAUGUGAUGAAGGGGUGGCAGUACCGUUGGUUCGUCCUGGAUGAGAAUGCUGGCCUCCUGUCCUACUAUACCUCAAAAGAGAAGAUGACGCGCGGCGUGCGUCGCGGCUGCGUGCGGCUGCGCGCCGCGGUCAUCGGCAUCGACGAUGAGGACGACUCCACCUUCACCAUCACCGUCGAUCACAAGACCUUCCAUUUCCAGGCUCGCGACGGCGGCGAGCGUGAGCAAUGGGUGCGGGCCCUAGAGGACACUAUCGCGCGACACGGCCGGCGCGAGCGCUGGUCCCGCUGCGUGCCCGCGCCGAGGCACCGCCACGGGGACCUCGAGCGGCGCAUCGCCGAGGCCGACGCGUAUCUACAGAUCAUGAUCGAGCUGGUGUCGAAAAUGAACACCCGAGUGUCGGAGCUGGCGGAUCCUCAAGAAAAGACUAAAGGGCAAGUCAUCCUGGACCACUCCAAUGCAAUGUUGGACAAUAUCAAACAUUCCAUAGUACUUCUACAAAUAGCUAAGAACACAGUGAACCCGGUGAACGGUGUAUACCAGGGACCAACGAAUCCGUCUCAAACACAUAUCAAACCAGGCGACAUGUCGCCACACGUGGAGAUCGGCUCGGAGUGCCGCGAACUCGCCUCGCCCACGCACUCCAUACAGCCGCUAGAGGACCUCGACGCGACACGACAAGCGAUGUCCCUGCUGGUGCCGGACACGUCCUACUCCUCCUCGGAGGGCGAGGACGACUUCUACGACGCGGACGACGAGCCCGCCGACACGCCGCAGCCGGGACCCAGCGCCAGCCGCAACUGUCCGGCGGAGGGUGCGGCCGAGCAGGACUCGGCGCAGCCCGCCGCCGUCGACCUGCCGCGCACCAGGGACGGAGAGAUCGACUAUGACGCCCUGUACGAGGAUGAAUCAGACAGCGACCUCGGCUCGAUGGAGAAUCACGGCUCAGUGGUCACACAUCUGCUGUCGCAGGUCAAGAUUGGAAUGGAUCUCACAAAAGUUGUGCUCCCCACAUUCAUACUGGAGAGGCGAUCGCUCCUAGAAAUGUACGCGGACUCGUUCGCGCACCCCGACCAAUUCGUAAAGAUAGUAGACCAGCCGACGCCGCGCGACCGCAUGGUGCAAGUGGUACGGUGGUACCUGAGCUCGUACCACGCCGGCCGCAAGUCCCAGGUCGGCAAGAAGCCGUACAAUCCCAUACUGGGAGAGGUGUUUAGAUGCCACUGGGACAUGGACGGCAUGCCUGAGAACAACGCUAAUAAUGAUAAGGAAGUAGGCGACGGCCCAGUACCCUGGUGUACAGCAGACCAGCUCUCGUUCGUGGCGGAACAAGUCUCCCACCACCCGCCGAUCUCGGCCUUCUACGCUGAGCACGUUAACAAACGCAUACAGUUCGAGGCGUGGGUGUGGACGAAGAGCAAAUUCCUCGGCUUGUCAGUGGGAGUGCACAACAUUGGCAAGGGGACCGUCACGCUGCUCGAUACUGGAGAGGAGUAUACGUUGACAUUCCCUAAUGGUUAUGGCAGAUCAAUACUAACAGUUCCCUGGAUAGAACUGGGCGGAUCAGUGGUGAUCGAGUGCGUACAGACGGGGCACAAGGCGAACAUAGAGUUCUUGACCAAACCGUUCUACGGGGGCAAGAAGCACCGCGUCACUUGUGAGGUGUUCGCUGGAGCAGACAAGAAGCCGUAUUACACUGCGCAGGGUGAAUGGAACACCAGGAUGGACGGACGAUGGACUGAAACUGGGCGUUCGGAAGUGCUAUUCGAGGUGAGCAACAUGAAGCCGCGGCGCAAGCGCGUGGCGCCGGUGAGCCGGCAGGCGGCGCACGAGUCGCGGCGCGUGUGGCGCCACGUGACGUGCGCGCUGCGCGCGGCGGACUGCGACGCCGCCACGCGCGCCAAGCGCUCCGUCGAGCAGCACCAGCGCGACGCGCUCAAGCAGCGCGAGGCCAACGGGGAGAAGUGGCUCACGCAGCUAUUCAGCCCAAAAGGCGAAGAGGGCUGGGAGUACAACACGCCGCUGAAGAAACGCGUCAGCGCGCCAAAAACGACCCCGCAACACAAGAGCACAGACAGCGCGGACAGCACCAGAUAAUCGACGUAAACACCCAUUAUGGACUCUUUUUAUCAAUACGCAAGGUAGAAAUUCCUAUUUCACAGCAACAGCGGACCUUGUAGUGCAGGCACGUAGCCGCGGCACUCGGGUAGUAUCACCUCCAAUAGACAUAAGACACUGCACUAGACUAAUAGUGCCUUUAGGAAAUAGGUAAUAAGAAUUUUUGGUCCUUCGAACUCGUACUUAUUUAUGGUGAAUUUGAAAAUAAAUUUCUUAAUAUUGCCCUGUGCUGGCUGUGAUCAGAAAUGCUAGACUUCGAUUAUCAAGUCUCGCGAGUUAUAUAUGGUUUGGUAUCGUUGAUGCGUAGGAUAAUAAUGAUGGUAAUUCGUUCAGUGUCUAUUGGAAGUGAUGUAUGGGUUAAGUAGUUUAAUUGUCGGUUGGUGUCGAUCGCGACUGUUGCGAAUAUUGUUAAUAUAUUGUGAACACGCCACGUCAUGCCACCAAAAUGUUAUUGAGAGUGGGCUAAAUUUAAUAUGUCAAUAUAUAGGGGGUACGAAGACCUAAAUAGGUGUGCUAGAAUUUUCUAAAUUAAGACUUGUUAUAACGUCAACUUAUUGUAACAAGGUUUAGUAAGGUGUGCCGGCAUAAUUGUGUCGACUGCCGGGGGAUAAUCAUCUCUCGUCAGUCAAAAUACUAUUGGACGCCACUCCACUUGCCAUCAGGUGAGAUGGGAUCAAUAUGCCGUACACUUAUUAAAAAAAAAAAGUUUUUUUUUUUAAUUUUUUAGGAUCCUGUUACCCACUGGCGACAAUUAAUGAAUAUUUGCAAAAUUGAUCUAUAAGCAUCACACUAGGCGUAGCCAAUUACACCAGUUUUCUCAAAGCAUAAUUCUCUUCGAUCAGAAUUGUUAACUUCUAUUACUAGUCUCUUAACGUUUCUCUGAAUACAAUGUUACGUUUUGCUGUGGCGUGACGUGGUGUGCGGUGAGGUUAAAUGGAAUGAAAUCUCCACAAUGACGUUAGAUUGUUGAGCUUUGUCCGUUAUGCAGCGAAAUAGCUAGGGUCUAUGAGACUAUGGGGCUAUCCCCACAUUACACCCACCACUACAACUCCUGUAAGCCAAGAUCAGCAGUGACACGCAUUGUAUGACACCAAGCGGUAACCCCCGGCGAGUCCAGGGAAGUCCUAUUAAUCUUAACUCGCAAUAAAAUGAAUGGAAGAUAGGGAGGAGUUAGAAAUACAUUUUCCACUCCACAAGAAGCUUAGGUGCUGUGACAUAUAUGUAGCUAGGGGAAGAGAGUGUGUCCAUGGGUUUAUCCCUAGAAGAUGACUUAAGUCAAUGGUUACUGGAGCACAGAAAUCAGAUAAUUAAGUUAAUGAAUUGAAGUAGGGUUGCCAAUAACACUUUUGGUCCGAUUUUGUGACAUCAUUGCUAGGCCCUAGCUACAACGAUGCAUUAUGAUACGCACAACGUAUUCUGCGGUUCUGAAGUUGUGAAGCGUGAAGAUCUUUUUUGCUAAAUGUGACAGAAAUAAUCAUGGAUAACAUUUAUCUGUUGUCCCUCUAUUCUACACAUUACCUCUGGCGAUCAAUCGAUCUUUCGUAUCAUUAACAAAAAGGCCAAUCAGAACAAAGUAUGUUUGACAUGCUUACCAAAUACUUUGAUUAUGAUUGGUUUCUUUAGACCAUUUAUACGAAGUUAACGAUUAUCGUUUAUUAAAAUCGUUAGUCAAUGAACGAGGCUUGCAACUUCACAACCGCACACGCACGUUGCGCGUUCGUGUUACGGUAGCGGUUACGUGCUUGUCGUAGGUUAUAGGAUAAUGUUACAUUCGCGACGCACCAAUGUUACUCGCUUAGAAAUUCUCUGAAAGUUUUAUAGACUAUCGUAAAGUCUUUGCCAUAUUUGUUUCGCGGUAUGUCGGGUUAUGUGUGACGUGUUGUGAUCUUUGCUAUACAGACUUUUAAUAAAUAUUUGAUAUCGAAAUAGACUUUUAAAUUUAACAUUAUAAUGACAGUGUUCAAGAACAAGUAAAUAUGCUUCGUCUCGAUAACACAUAAUAAAGUUUAUGGGUAUUUAAUCGGCUUAAAAAAAAAGGAGGAGGUUAUCAAUUUGAUGUGUAUUUUUUUUGUCGUUGCUAUGUACGUCAUAAACUUUGUUUUAAAUAACACUUCAAGAAAAAUACUUUUUUGACACUGGCAACUUUUGGUAUUAUUUGCUAAAUAUUUUAUAAUAUUUGUGCAUACUAUGCUGCACGUUUCCUUUACCUCAUAAAAAUAUAAAUAAAGUUUUAUUGCAGCCUUUGACAAUUUUCAUAGUGUGUGUGGAAUCUCAAAAAUAUUUUAAAAAAGUCUGUUUAAUGAAGUCAUGAUACUAAUAUAAUAUAAGUAACCACUACUUGUGCAGCGUUAUAGAAUAAUACCCAUUUUUAUUUUUCCUACCAACAAGAUCAAGCAAGCUCGACAAGCAUUACUGAUGUCAGUAUUUAUUGUUUUUUGAAUCUUGUGAUGUUUUAUUUGUGUUUAUAAAAGAAAUGUUUAUUUUUUAGAUAUUUUGUUUUGACGUUUUUGUAUAUUGGUAUCUGCUUCUACAUAUGUAAUACUGCAUUACAUAAUACACUUAAAAUUUAUUGGUGAAUGCGUUUCGCAUAGAUAUUAUUGCUUGUAUCUUUAUUAAAAAUUGGUGACAUAGAUGUGAGAAAUUGUCAACAUCAGUGAGGCUUGUCAGUAAUGACUGAUCGUUUUUAGCGAAUAUGUUCUAGCAAAUUCCCACUCGUUACGGCCUACGAUAUAAAUUCAGCAAUAAAAAAAAAUGUAAAUAUUUAACAUUCUUAAAAGUAAAUUUUCUAAGCUUCGAUCUUGGAUGGUUGGUACGGAUGUUGUCGCGAGUAUGACGUGGACUUAGGAACGUGUUUUAAGACGAGACAACCCUACACAUAUCUACAGAUGUUUGUAAAUUUACGACGGUCGAAUCCUUUUACAAUUAGGGUUGUCAAUUAUAAAAGCUGAAACGAUGAUUGAGAUAUUGAUGGAUUGAUAGUGUGAACGAACUGUUAUUAUUAAUGUCAAGUUAAAUAUAGGUAAUGUUUAUCAACGAAUAAAAAUGCUUAUUGACGUGCUAGUUUAACACAACCUUACAUCCAUUAUUUUCAUAAUUGUAGAAGGAUUUGACUGAUCGAAAAAAUUGUUAAUAAAUUCUCUAUUUAAUGCGAAAUAGAAACACGCUUGCCACAUUGACAUUGUCUCAUUAAAUCACAGGUAGAACUUUUGAUAAUGUAUUUCUUAUCCAAUACGAAAUAAGAGCUAUUUUACAUCCUUUCACCUGUUAAAGUGUGAAGGUUAGUUUUGACUGGGGUGCUUUGGCAUUCUAGUUAUAAUAAAGUGAGAAAGAGUAGAAAUUCUUAAGUCUUGUAGACGCGUGAUAUGACCGGUUAUGUUAUGGAUUGAAGUUGGCUUGACAUUAUUGCAUGAGACAAUUGCACAACUUUAUAACCUUAAAAUAAUGUUAAAAUUGAUCGUAACGCAUUUAAUAUCAUAAUUUAAUAAAAUUACAUUAAAAAAUUAUAGCUCUUAUUAAGUAUUGAUAGUAACAUUGACAUCUCUAUUCUCCAUUAGUACUUUCAAUGAAUUUUGAAAUAGUGGCGUCACGUUCGUAUUGCUUUCUUUGAAUGCAAAGUAUUGUGAAAUUUAGUCGCAUUUGCAUCUUGAAUUUAGUCUAAUGUUCACAUGACGUGAUGAAAAAUCGUAUUUUCAUGGUUUUUAUUUAGUAUUCAUUUACUUUGAACUUGUAAGAAAAUCUUAUAAAAUUUUUGUUAUAUUUCUUUUUAUAACAGUUACUGUGUGGUUUAAAAUCUAUAAAUCGUGGUAUAUAUUGCAACAAAUUUUAUUUUGACAGUAUAUUAUUGAUCCACGAGAUCAGUCCGUCUCACUGAUUCGUGACGUCACUACACAUGAUUAUUUAUCACAGUGAAGCUAAGUCCAUGUACACAUGUAUAUUUUAUUAGUGAAAAGACUGAGUGAAAUGAAACGAAGCAAACAAGGACGAGCCACGGCGAACGACACAAUGUGUAAAGUUAAAUCUUAACAUUCGAUCACAUAGACUUAUUUAAUUGAAUAGUUAUAAAUACCAUGUUGUAUAUUUAAAUAAAAAACGGUAAAAUUGU